AAGCACUGCCGUCCAUCGAGGAACGCACAUUAACGCGUUGAGUUGACGAAAAUUCUCUAGGGUUUCGUCCUCCUCUCGAAGCAUCUUGCGAUUGCGAUCUACCGAUUCUCUUCUUCGCGACGCCUCUCCUGUUUCUCUCUCUUCAUCCUCCGGUAAGGCUUUCAGUACCUGCGGAUUUCGAAGGAGUGACGUCCGAAAGCCCCGUUUCUUCGCAUCUAGGUUUUCUGAUUCCUUUCCGGUUUCGUUCCUGAUUUGUCUGAAUCGGUUGCGGUGUCUCUCCUUGCCGAUUGGCGUCAGAUCUGCAAGUUUCGUUUCGUGUUCUCUCAUAUAUUUUAGAUUGCAACUAGGCUCCUAGAUGAUCUGCUGUUGACCGGGGGGAAAGAAAAAAAAGUAAAAGUGGUCGGGCUAUUGAUUAGGUUCCUUUCGUAGAAGUUGUGUAGUUUUUCUGAUUCUGAUUUGAUUCGGUUUGAAAGGGUGAUUCGUUCAAUUAUUUCAAUUUUACUAUCGUUUUGGGGAUCGUCAGUGUGGGUUUUUGAUAAAAGGAGUUGUGGUUGCAAACAAUAUGGCAACAGGGAAAUAUCAUGUUUCUAGGAGAUUGGAUUGUUACUCUUCCUCCAGAAGGGAUGGUCGCAAUACGAUUCGCUCAACUUGUCGCGGCGAAUUUAGCCAGUCCCGUGGCCAUGAAGCUAAGCGGAAUGAUGGACGCAAGAUGGUAUCGAAGAAUCGAGAUAAGGAGCAUCACCUCGUUGAGGUGCAGAGUGGUGCCAGAUUGUACCAAGAUGGUGUACGCCCAACUUUUGAGAAAAAGAGGAAGUUGUCCCCAAUUUUAUGGGAUGUGGAGGACACGGAAAUGUGGAUAUCUUCCAAGAACAGAGUGGUUUCAGCUGGCACUAUUUUAAGCCCGCCCAUGGCUACAUUUACAUUGUCAUCAAAUGAUGAGUCAGGCGGCUGCGUUUUGAACUCCUCUAUCUCAUUGGAUCAGGUACAUGGAUCUGAUCUUCCUAUGACUGAUCAAUCUAUAUCUCUGAGUGGGUCUGGAUGCAAGGCUCUGGCAUUGCAUCAGGAACCAAGUGAGGGUGGUGAUCAAGACGGCAGUAUGGUCGAGGAUGGAGAAUUUGUUCAUGAGAGAAACAUCUCAAUGUCACGAUGGGCAUCCGAUAGUGAUUCACCGAGACUUAUCUGUGCAUCCGACGAUGAAGAAAUGACUCUGGAGAAUAGAGCAUUGGUCACAAAAAGGUCAAGUCCAGAGAGUGGGGAGUUUCUUCCAGGAGGCUCUGAUCAUCGGACCUCGUCCGCUGGAUCUGAUGAGAUUGGGCUGGCUGGUGGAGCAAGUGUAGGUGAUUCUGAAUACAGUGAUCAAGCUGUUGUCAUGGAUGUUGACCACACUUAUCUUGGCAAUGCAGAUAACAACCAGGAUGACACGGAUGAUGAGAACAAUAGAGAGCAUCAAGAGUUUGAAGUGUCGUCAUUGCCUGCAAGACGAAGUAUAAACAUGCUUGAUUCUUGCAGAAGUGUCUUCGAAUAUGAAAGACUGAACAAGAUCAAUGAAGGCACUUAUGGUGUUGUCUACCGUGCAAGGGAUAGGAAAACAGGGGAAAUAGUGGCAUUGAAGAAGGUGAAAAUGAACAAACAGGACUCUGACGGUGGUUUUCCGCUAACAUCAUUGAGAGAGAUAAACAUUUUACUGUCUUUAAAUCACCCUUCCGUUGUAGGUGUUAAAGAAGUCGUUAUGGGUGAUGUUGAUAGUAUAUUUAUGGUCAUGGAGUACAUGGAACAUGAUCUCAAGGGGUUAAUGGAGACAAGGAAGCGUCCUUUCAGUACAAGUGAAGUCAAAUGCCUGAUGCUUCAGCUAUUGGAGGGUGUCAUUUAUCUCCAUGAUAAUUGGGUGCUUCAUCGGGAUUUGAAGACAUCAAAUCUUCUUUUAAACAACAAGGGAGAGCUAAAAAUAUGCGACUUUGGGUUGUCAAGACAGUAUGGGAGCCCAUUGAAGCCGUAUACUCCUCUGGUUGUUACCAUGUGGUACAGGGCACCCGAACUUUUAUUGGGAGCAAAACAGUACUCAACAGCAAUUGAUAUGUGGUCAAUAGGGUGUAUUAUGGCUGAAAUGUUGGCCAAUGAACCACUGUUCAAGGGAAAUAGUGAAGUCAAUCAGCUUGACAAGAUUUUCAGGACUCUUGGCACACCCAGUGAGAAAAUAUGGCCUGGAUUCUCUGAAUUGCCUGGUUCGAAAGCGAACUUUGUUAAACAACCGUAUAAUCUGUUGCGAAAGAAGUUUCCUGCCGCAUCUUUUACUGGAACUACUGUUCUUUCUGAAUCGGGGUUUGACCUACUGACCAGGCUUUUGACAUAUGACCCAGAGAUGAGAAUAACAGCGGAUGAAGCCCUUGAACAUGAUUGGUUUCGUGAAGUUCCACUACCUACUUCUAAGGAUUUCAUGCCGACAUUUCCCCCUAUGCAUACUAUUGUCAGAUGACUGCUUGCGGCCUGUUGGGAUUAUGGACGAAGAAUUUAACCUGCAGUUGCUCCCUGGAACAAUUUGAUUUGUUUGUGAUGGAUGUCUUUUUAAACCUCCUGCUUUGAUUUUUAGGCAUCUGGAAAGAUUAUCUCGCCGCAGGAGGAGUAACUGCAGGAAUGCGUAAUUGCAUUUUCUGUCCUUGGCAGGAACCUAGAUGAACCGUUGAUGAUAGUAACAGUGGGAAACUGCUCCGGUUCGAACAAUUUACUACUAUUACAUCUUCACACCUCCCUUGAGUCUGCAAGUAGAGCUCACUAACAGAUGAAGAGAUGCAAGCGAUACUGGGUAUUCGUGCCUACGAGGAUCAAAUCCCUUGAGGGGGGGGGUGCUCUUUUUGUACUCAUGCUUCUAGAAGAUCCACUGGAUGGUGGGAUUGGGAGUGCAGGGAUGCUUCCAUAUGAUGCCUUUGAGAGUGGAAAGAUUUUUCUUUGGGAUGUCUUCUUGUUUUUCCGUUAGUUUCUUUUUUGGCAUGGUUUACAAUAUUCGUUUUUAUUGCUGUGAUGAAGGUAGUCAAUUGGCCUGCAAUUGAUGGAGCAGUUUCAUCUUUGACAGCACUAGUUGGAUGGCCUGCUUCUUUUCUCAAGUCUGCGUUUAUCAGGGGGUCUUAGUCUUUAAUUCUGUUGGCAGUGCUUACUCCAAUAUACUUAUAUGUUAUAGGAUGGUGUUUCUGCCAGAUGUCAUUUCUGCUGCAAAGAUUUUUGGAAAGAUCUUAUAUUCACCUGUGUAUUGUGUUCAACAAUGACAGAUGAAUUUCGCUAGAUCAACCUUUCCGGAACACCAGCCAUGCAGUAUGACUUCCAUGUGAAUUUUCCAAUUCACCUGUCUUUUCUGCUCCAUGUCAUUUAUCAAUUUAGAACCACAUUUUUCUUGCAUAUGAUGAUUCUCUUCAUGUUAAGUCUAUUGGGUUGUAUUAACAGAUGUAUAUGUUUAAGGAAGGCAUCUUAUGGAGCUGGUGCAGCUGCUGUAGUGCAAGGCGAGUGCUUCAAUUUCAAUUUCAUGUUUCUUUUAUUGAUCUCA